CACUGCGCGCGCCACUGUUAUGGUAACGCGCCCCGCCCGCCUCUAGCCCCGCGGCGCGCGCAGUUUCACUCCCCACUGUAUCGAUGAAGUUGCACAAAGAUGGCGGAUUUCCUGCCGUCCCGGUCCUUUCUAUCCGUUUGUUUUCCAAACUGUCUUCUCAACAGCAGCGAAGCGGAACAACUGAGGAUAUCUAAAGAAAUAGACCGAGGUCUUUUGAAAGACAAAACCUAUGUGAAACGGUUAGUCAAGAUCCUUCUGCUAGGCGCCGGCGAAAGCGGCAAGUCCACUUUCCUCAAGCAGAUGCGCAUCAUACACGGCCAGGACUUCGACCAGCGGGCCAAAGAAGAGUUCAGAGGCACCAUCUACAGUAAUGUGAUGAAAGGUGUUCGAGUGCUUGUGGAUGCCAGAGAAAAGCUCCAUAUCCCAUGGGGAGACCCUUCAAACCAGGCACAUGGAGACAUCAUGAUGGCUGUUGACACACGCUCAGCCAUGGUGUCGCAAGGGCUGAUGGAGACCAAAGUGUUCCUGCAGUACAUGCCUUCAAUCCGUGCCCUCUGGGCUGACACCGGCAUACAGAACGCGUAUGACCGGCGCAGGGAGUUUCAACUGGGUGAAUCAGUGAAAUAUUUCUUGGAUAACUUGGACAAACUUGGAACACCGGACUAUCUACCAACACAGCAAGACAUCCUGCUGGCACGUAAGCCCACCAAGGGCAUUCACGAGUAUGACUUUGAGAUCAAGAACGUUCCCUUCAAGAUGGUGGACGUGGGCGGCCAGCGGUCGGAGCGCCGCAGGUGGUUCGAGUGCUUCGACAGCGUCACAUCGAUCCUCUUCCUCGUCUCGUCCAGCGAGUUCGACCAGGUUCUGAUGGAGGACCGGCUGACCAACCGCCUCAUGGAGUCGCUCAACAUCUUCGAGACCAUCGUCAACAACCGCGUCUUCAGCAACGUGUCCAUCAUCCUCUUCCUCAACAAGACAGACUUGCUGGAGGAGAAGGUCAAAUUGGUGGCCAUCAAGGACUACUUCCCCGAGUACACAGGGGAGCCGCACAACCUGGAGGACGUGCAGAAGUUCCUGGUGGAUUGUUUCCGGAACAAGCGCCGAGACCAGCAGCAGAAGCCCCUCUACCACCACUUCACCACCGCCAUUAACACGGAGAACAUUCGCCUGGUCUUUCGCGACGUCAAGGACACCAUCUUGCACGACAACCUCAAACAACUCAUGCUGCAGUGAUGCUGGUCCAGCCGUAACCUUCAGAUCUCUCCGAAAUAACCCUCUUCUGCUCAGAAGAAACUGACUCCAAUGUUUGUACUCCACACAGUAACCUUUCUGAAUAGCUCUGACGUGCUUUUACGCCAAGGCGGCGGCCUAGCCUAGCGGUCUGUCAAAGAGCACGGGACUCUCUUAAAGAGUGCGCUUCCAGAAGAGAGUGGGUCUGGCCACUCGCACUCGUCCUGCCAAGAGAAGCUGCACGCGUCACCCUCUCGCCGGAGGUGCCAAACGCAAUGCGCUCCUCCCUCCAAAAGAGGAGAGAAGCGGGAUGAGAUAUCCUAGCACUGUUCUUUGAUCUGUUACCUUUGAGCCUUUUAUUACUGACCAAAUUGCAAGAUGAGAUGCAAAUGCUGUUUUAACCUUUUAACAGGAACUAUGUUCUGAGCCUUUCUGUCGACGCCUGCCUGGCCUUAAUUCCCCCUCGUUUUGAUCGGUGUUUUUAACUUGUUGAUUUCUAAUCGAUUGUACAAAUUUUAGAAUUGAGUUUCGUUUUUUUUUUAAUAUAUAGCUCUAUGAAUAUAUUUACCGAUAAACUUAAGUUAUGUUUCAGAAGUUUACACUCUGAUUUUCCUCUGCUGAUGGAUAAUGCUUAACGAUUCGUACCACUUGAUAAACUGAACAUACACUGUGGUUAGCCACGCUAGGCGAGCUGAUAGAUGCAGAAUGCACACAGCAUAAACUCAGGGCUGAAUGUAGACCACUUAAGCGCAACUGUUCGCUUUCAGGAACAUCCAGUAGUUGUAGUUCUCCAUCGGUGGCUGGAAAUCACAUUUCCUCGCUGGCCUGCAGGCGACAUCCUCCGCUCUGCCCUAGCUAGAGUCUGGAAGGACUUCUUCAUCCAUCAGGGAACCGAAAACGGUUUCUUGUUAAUUUAUUUGCUUUCUUUUGAAUCUUUUUUUGGUCCACAAUCAAACUAAACUAAACUGGCUUCUCUGUCAGACCCCACUAACAAAAAGCGCAUGUAUUCACAAGUGUGCCACGUGUGUAAGGUACCAAUAAUUCGAACAAAUUUUCUCAAAAGGGAUCGAUCUUUGUGAACUUCGUUCCCUCAACAGUUGUGUAUAGCUACUUUGUUUAGUGCCAUGUCUGCCCUGAAUACUACUGUUGUAGUGAGUAUUUGAUGUAAAUAGUACCUCACUCUCCUCACCACUCUUUUCUAACGGAUAUGUAACCUACACUGAAAUGUAAAGCUGUUUUUUUGCUACUGUGCAGCCAUAAAUCCAGAGAUACUGACUUCUCGCCCGCAGUUCGCCCCAUUCAGGGUUGCUCUUGUAGUGCUUUUGGCUGAAUGGUGCCUGUAUUUGUCGUCUAUGCAUUCAGAUGGCUGCAGCUCAGCCUGGCAGCAGAGGACUCUUUGUCUGGUGUCGAAUUCUGCCUCACGCCUUCCUGGCUGAAGUCCCGGGACGCUCGUGAAAAGCAAGUAUUACGUCUUCACUCUCCACUGACAGUGUCCUGUGUUUUCUAGUGCCAUUCACUGGCCCCCAAAUGCCAGGAAGCCAGGCAUUGCGGAGCUUUUGUUGUCAUUUUGGUGUGACGUGGUAUCCGUAUUAGUAUUUCUCAUUACGAACUCGGACCGUUCCAAGCACAAGAUGUUGACUGAUUUAAGUGAACUUAAUAUUAAGUGAAAUACGGAGUAUCAGCCUUUAGUAUUUGCUGCCUAGUUUUAGCAUGCCGAGUCUUAAAACGUUGUAUUAUCUGCCUUUGAGCUUGAAGACCUUAAUGAAGCAAAGGAAUAGCUGAGCACGCUUCCGAGUCCAAGACUUCCUGCAUCGGAGAGCCUUGAGGACAAACCCAAGUGCUUGUGCAAAAGAUGUCACUGUGUGGUGUAGCUGUGAGAGAAGGGUCAGAAUGAGUCACUCCUAACGGUUGACAUGUUUAAAGGAAGGGCAAUGCUGCAGGUAGAUACACUACUUUAGCUGUAUUUCUCCUCUGUACACUGCCGAGGUGUGAGGUUGUUUGCCAUAGUUCUGUUGGCUUUUAUUAGCCAUUCACAUUCAUAUUUUUCCGCUCUUUCAUAAGUAUUGUUAACGAUGGAGUCUUUCUCACUGUAGCCUUUUUACCGAAACGUGAUUCUGAUCAGAGAUGGCUGAUUCGCUGUUUUUGGUUUUGCCCAGAUAAUCAAGUUUGAUAAUAAUUAUGCAAGAAUUAUGCCUGCCUCAAAGAAGAAUUCCUAGUGCCUCCAGUUUGAUGCCUCAGACAUGUCUUGUCCCUUUUUCUUUGUAGAUAGGUUUUUAAAAGUUGAUUAAUGUGGAUGCUUUGAGUCCUCAUAUCAAUAUAAUUCAUACUAAAGAUUUCUCGACUCUUGUGCUCAGUACAGAAUAUAGACCUGCCUGCUUUCAUUGUACAGUCUAAUCUAUGCUAUCAUUCUUCAUCAUUGACUCAAUAAAAUCAUUUUGCAAAAA